AUGGCUGUGAGUAGGUUUACAAGUUUGAGCGAAGAAAAUGACACUCAGUUACUUAACUAGAAUUACGUGUAUCGCAGAACCUCGCGAAGCUCGGGGGGAGCCCAUAAGGGGUGGGAGGACAGGAGAGAAAUGAAGUAAAUCAUGUAACUGGGGAGGGUGGAUCUAAUAUUGGAAGCUGAGAUGUACUUAAUCUCCUGUGGAUUAAAUUUGAACCUGGUGCUCUGGCUUUAAAAAGGAUCCUCUGAGAUGUAAAUGGGGUUGCUGUUGUUAGCGAAUGUUGCAUAGGUCCUAUCCCCCAUGUUCACUCCAUUUGACCCUCCUAAAUAUGUAUCAGUAUGGUCAAAAGGAAAUGGGGGUGAUAGUGGAUAACUGCCGGCUAGUAUUCAGUUGCAUUUGCUUAAUAAAAGCUCACCCUUAAGUGCAAUAAUUAUUUGUGAAAUGUGCCAGUGGAAGUGAGUGGAUGGCAAUUCUAGGAGAUAAUGCUGCAGUGAAAACAACAACUAAAUGCUGCUAAUUGGAGAAAAAAUUUAUUGUUUGGCGAACUACAGCUAUAAAAGUGUUUGCACUUUUUUUGGUACAUAAUCACACUUGACAACUAUUGUUUGUAACAGUAAAGUGCAAACAUAAUCACUGAAAUAGAAAAUUACAAGUAGCAAUGUCAUUAAGGAUGCAGUUCAUGAGAAUUACUAAAGUGAUCAUGAUUUAUGAUUAUUGUAUGUAUGGGCAUUCACCCUUAAAGAACUGAAUCCUUGUAAAAAGUACCAAUUUUUUAGCAGUUAGGCAAGUUUUCAUAGUUAUUCGUGUACAUGCAUAAGAAACAAAUCCCUAUGCAAGAGUGAAUCUGGAUGAAAUGUCCACAAACAAGUUAUGUUGAAGGUCAUCAGUUUCUCCAUUGGUCUCAAUUCUAAACAUGCAUGAGCUUGUUGAGACGGUGCCAGAGCCAUAGAUUUUUAAUUUCCCAGACUGAGACGAGGCAAAUGAACACCUACCCUGUAUUACACACAUUUCUGGUGAAUGUAAAGCUAAGUGUAGGAUGGAUUGAUCUUAUGGAAAACCCUACAUAAAUAUAGAUCUGCUUGCAUGUCGUUUAAUUUCUUGAAACAAUCUUCUUCUGCCAAUGGAACAAAUGUUUUAUUUCUGUGAAUAUGUCACCUCUGUCUGACUUCUUUGAAAGAGUGAAAUUUUAUGAGUGACCUGUUAAAUUUUCCUUAACAGCGAAAGGAAUUAAGUUCCUGGCAUGACAACCAUGUCACACACUAAUAUUCUGAGGAUAUCCGAAAUACUAUGUUAUUUUCGAAUAAUAUAGGAACAAAAAUACAGGGGGCCAGCAACAACAAUUUUUUGUCAUGUCUGACUUAAAAGACACAGCUGGGUUUAUGUAUAAGGCUGCUAUACAUACAUUUAUUUAACUUGUGAAGGAAAUUGAAUGAAAAUUGUAAGCUUAAACGAAAAAUUUUGCCCAGUAAGGAUUUUGUUUACAAAAUGUAACGCUUCCCUACAUGUCACACAUUAUCGGCGUUGUAAACUGUUCAUUGUAAAAUAAAGCUUACUGUAAAACUGUGAAAAGGCUGAUCGGCUGUCCUCAGUCCGUUGCAAAGAUACUCCUCGUGUCGAUUUUACAGAUGGUGUAAUUCUUGCUUCCUAUCGACGCAUCGAAGAAGAUAAUUUUGACUGUAAACUUGCCUCUCCUUGCGAAUUCUUUUGACCGAAUACUAAAACGUCGGCAGUCGGUGUUCCCUCUCUUCGUCGGUUUCUUUUGCAGUGUAACUGUAGUAUUUUGUUGCUAACUCUAGCGAACUCUUUACAUAUUCGUGGUCGCUGUAUAACCUCUGUCUCCAGUUGACAGUGUUUGUCUUCGAUGUGUCGUUACUCGCGCUGAAUUUAAAGUCGACGUCCUCGCUCUUGCGGAGUUUUGUUUGUAAAUCUUUGCCAAGCGAGGAUUUCCAGCCACUUGUUGAAUCCACCGUUGCUGAGUUUGCUGUUCUGUUUUAUUUACCUGAGAUAUUGGGUGGUGACUCACCGACCGUAAACAUUGUUAUAAUUCACAGAUGAAACAAGACGCUGUGUGAGCGUAUAUUUGGGCGUGGUGGGACUAAGGGUAUGAUACUUUGAACAUGCCUUAUUGCAGCUAAAGAACUGUCAUCAUAUCUUACCAGAGAAGGCAAAUCCUUCACUCCGCUUGUUUGCUGAACCACACAGCUUAUACAGUAUGUCCCAAUCCACAACAAAAAUAAUGUCAUUUCACGACAAUGUUUGAAAAUAUGCACAUCUUCAAUGCAGACAUGCUUGGAGCCAAAUUGCAACAUAGGACAUAAGUGGUUACGGCCCAGAGAGUAAGGUUUAUCUCAGCUCCACUGAUACUGACAGAUGUGUUUUCACACCCAUCACUUUGUACAGUGUAUUCCGGUUACUAACAAGGGCAAAUAAAGUCCCUUAAGUCCAGUAUCCACAAGGAUUAAUAAGAGAGUAACACAUUGCAUAAACUGCUAUAGGGUAGCACUGUUUACAGGAACAUUGGUAACUAUUAACAUUUGAUAUACUACAAUUUUCAACAUUGCUUGAGAAAAGAUGAGGUUCAAAGGUGGCAAUAUGUACACCUUUAAGUUCAAAUAUAUCCUCAUUCCUAUGUAGAGUCUGAAAGUAUUGUACUAAUUUAUGCAUGGAUGGUAUUUCCAACAAUACACAUGUCCCUUCACUAUGACUGUUAUGAUACAUAUCUCUAGCAUGAGAAUCAAAUACAUUAUAUCCCCCAGCCUCAGUGCUGUAGAUACCAACACCAAUAAUUGCCACCGUUAAAAUGAAUGAGUUGUAGUUCAGUGCCAAGAGUGUUUCGAAUGCUGUAACCUGUGGGUUGCAUAUACAGUAGUGAUGGAUGUCACAAGUAUAACUGUCACUGCAUGUAUUCAAGGUGGAAAAAUUGCUCAAACACUGUAACCAUUCCUGGCAAUUCUGUUAACAUUAACAUAGAUUGUCUUGCAAGCAGUGACAGACUAGAAUAUAAUUGAAUACCAACAAUCAUUUCUUGAGUCAUAUCAUCAACUGAAGUACUCUUUGUUAUAUUACUAUAAAUUAAAGCGCACAGACUCAUUGCGACACAUCGUUGUCCACCAUUUUCCCCAAAUCCUGUAACAUUUCCUUGACAGUAAGGAGCAUUAAUUGUUUUUGUAGCAUCUACAUAAACUGAAGGUCCUGGAUUCUUCUCUAUAUCAGUACAAAGCUUAAAUUGGCCAAAAUUAACCCGGUGAUUCAAACUGUUUUAAGCACUAUAAAAUGGAUAAUUACUUGUACAGAGGAGCAAAUUCUUACUUAGAAGCCUAUUUGGAUAUCUCAUUCCACCUAAAUCGCCUGUGCUCUGAUGCUUAGACGACAGAUACACCUUCCCUCGUUUACGAACUAGUUUUGGAGUUGCCCCUUAAGUAAACACCUCACACUGUUACAGUUUAACUUCUGUACCUGUUUAAGUGUAAACCGUUUCUAUUUUUAACGUAACAAUGAGUUUCAGACGACAAUGGUGUAUUUUUCCGAAUACUCUUCCAUACAACAAGUGUCACUUUCCGUGUUUUCUGUAACAAAGAUUUUAAUUUGCUCAUCGGUAGUCUGCUAGGGGCAUGACGGUAACCGGUUAUUUCGUUCCAUGGUCAGAUCGUUGACAUAAAUAGUCAGUUCGUGCCACAAAAAGACAGUUCGUUCCACAUAUGAAAAGUCAAGUAAAUCUUUCUUAAUUUGUUGAGUGAACUUUAUCGAGAAGAAAAACGUUUCGUUCAUACCACAAGCUGAUAAAAUAAUAAUCGAUCCAAAGUCGAUUCGAGCCAUCCUAAAUCGUUUGAAAGCAAACAAGAGACGAUUUCAACCAGCCACGGGCUUUAACAUUUAAACCGCUGCUUUGAGAGUUUAUGAGCUAGAAUCGAUCGAUAGUUUUGAAAGAUAUAUCACAACAAGUAGAAGCUAUGCCGUUCUGAAGGUCGUAGUUACUAAAACAAGGAAUGACCUACAAUGACCUACAAUGACCUACAAUGAUCUACAAUGACCUACAAUGACCUACAAUGACCUACAAUGGCCUACAAUGAGCUACUAUGACCGAACGUGUAAUCCCUGUAAUGAACUAAAAUGAAGAUUUUAGAAAAAGGCAAAAAAAAAGAUCAGGGGACGUGUGUCGUAGUUACUAAAACAAGGAAUAACCUACAACGACCUACAAUGACCUACAAUGAUCUACGAUGAGCUACUACGAUCUACAAUGAGCCACUACGAGCUAAAAUGAGUUAAAAUAAGCCCUACACUGAGCUACAAAAUGACAGUCAAUGACGUUUGUCGUGUGUCACACUUGGAUGACACUAGGCUCAGGGUGUUAAAUUGCCAAGCACAGUUUGAAAAGGCAAAACAAAAAUUGUGCCUGAUCUCAGGUAACUUGAGAAACUUGAAAAUAGAUUAUUGCAAUCGCGUUUUUACCGGUAUAGCACUAUUAUACCCUGUAUUGACGGAAGUUAUGCAGGCACUUCCUCAUUUGGCCUAGAUGGGUAUGGGCAGCUGAGCAGGAUAUGGAUUUUACUAUUUAGCGUUACAAACAGAGCAUCCCGUUGGAACGGAAGCCAUUUAAAGGGUCUUAUGAUGUCUUAUACAGGCCAGGGUACUUAAAAAAAAAUGAACAAUUUUUCUUUUGAACAGGGUCAGAAUUUGAAGGUCUCCUUUGUUCACCUCUACCCUUACGUCCCUUGAAGAUCCCCCCGGAUCGACUGUUGGGGUGACUGUGUUUGUUCAAUUUGUUUGGAAAAAAGACAAGACAAAAUAAAACUAAUGCGAAAGGUUGCAAGGGAUGGUUUGGACAAAAGUCACAGUAUCAUCAUACAUGUAUUAUUACACUGUAAAGUUAUCUCCAAGCGUAAUAAUUAGACAUGCUGUCAUCGUUAAAUGGGCUGUCAUGCAGUAGACUAAACGCAUUACGUUUACGCACACGUCCCCUGAUCUUUUUUUUUUUUGUCUUGUUCUAAAAUCUUCAUCUUAACUCAUUACAGGGAUUACACGUUCGGUCAUAGUAGCUCAUUGUAGGUCAUUGUAGAUCAUUGUAGGUCAUUGUAGGUCAUUGUAGAUCAUUGUAGGUCAUUGUAGAUCAUUGUAGAUCACUGUAGGUCAUUGUAGGUCAUUGUAGAUCAUUGUAGGUCAUUGUAGGUCAUUGUAGGUCAUUCCUUGUUUUAGUAACUACGUUCUGAAGGUACAGUAUUUCGAAGCGCUUGUAACCUAAAUAUUUCUUUGCAGCGCCCGAUUUGUGCAAAUUUUGAAAACAACAACGCGAGUUUCGAAUUACAAUCUCGAUUUUAUGGUAAUUUGUCAUGCCGAAAAUAUAAUUGACUAACCUGAUUUAAACCAAUGAAAUUGUAAGUUCUGUUAUAAAUAAAUUUCCCACGACGAGAUCUCAAUUCAGCUUCUUUUAAUUCCUCCACAACACAGUUUUCCUUCUGUACAACUAGCUCAUUACCUUCUCUUGUCGUCACCUCGCUGCCAUCAAAACACUCCACACAAAACUUGCUGAUAAUGCAAAAUCUCGAAGCACAGCAUCGUACAUGUACCGCGUCACAACAUACUCAAUUAGAUGAAAAAACACAACACGCAAUACAAAAAAAGUUCAUUAACCGUCACCCUGCUAAACAAAAUUGAAAUAAUAACUAUAAUUGUUGCAGUUAUCACCGUAGCUCCAAAAGAAGUCUCAGUCCCUUUUGGGGAAUCGUCUCUUCCUUCAUCGGAACAGAUUUUUAUCACAGACAACUCGCCGUGUUCCGCAAUGCAAAAAUCAAAAUCACUAUUGUCACACUGAUAACCAGCUACACAAAUCUUGCGACUCUCAAACUUGUUCAAUUAACAUUCCUCUGUUCAAACUCUUAUCCAUUUUACACGUACACUCCUGAUAUUCCGAUUUGUUAUUACGUCUAUGGGGUCCAUGAGUCUUUGAUGUCAUUGAAUGUCUUGAUAAUUUCCUUUGUUUUUCUUUGAGUUCGCGAACCAGCCCAUUCCGAAAACACUCAGGGUUAUAUUUUAGUGUGGACCUACCGCGAACAGUGUGUGCAUUUGUAAGUUUAACCCGGGAUAACAUGAUUGAACAACAUAUUAACACGUUCCUCGAAACGCCGCGGCCAAAUGUUAUCCAAACUGCUUCUCACUGCUGCUUCGAAAAAUUUCGGAUCAAACGAUAUCCAAAUCGUCCCUCAUUGGAUUAUCCACUCGACCUAACAAAAUCGACCAAUCACAAAAUAAAGAAAAGAAAAUGGACAUAAAAUAAAGAGAACAGCAAAUUCAGAUGACCUCUUAGGAAACAUGCAAUUAAAAGUGUCUUUCUAUGAUUGGUGCAUUUCGAUCCUCUCGUCAAAAAAAUGUCAGACGUCAUCAUCUUAGCGGACCUCUUAGGAAAGGAAAGUUUUCUUCAACGGGUCCAAAAGGUCAUUGUUUAUGAUUUGUGAUUGGUGGAUUUCGAUCCGUUUUUUAGUUUCUGAGUUUCAAGGUUCGUUGCUUGUGAUCUUAUUGUGACCAAAACCCGACGUUAAUAUUCCAAAUAUUUUUGAUAGAUUUCAUCCCUGGACUUCAGACUUCCAAAUUUCGAUGAGGCAAAAAUACUGAAGAUUCAAAUUAACUUUUGAGAUCGUAAAAGAGCGAUUAAGUGCCGUGUGCUAGCAGAGCUUUCUUUCCCAUUUGCCUCUUACCUUGUACAAGACGUUCGCGUGGCAGAAAUUCGCCUCGCGUCGCUUGUUUACUUGCCUUGUUUACGUUAGCACGUAUUGCGUGCCUAUUGCACAUUUGCGUCAAAACAAGCCGUUUCCAUUACUCUAUUUGGGCCACGCCCAAAUAAAAACCCGUCUUCAAGAAGAAACCCCAGAGCUUUGUGGUCGAUGGCAAUCGGUUGCCUGGAAACCCAUAGUGCACUUUGACGUCACUACUGGAUGACGUCAAGGCGAACACCAACCAAACUCGAUAGAUUUAUAGCCAAAAGGAAAUCACGCUGGCCUUUCGAUGCUUGAGUGACACACGCGCGCUUCGCGCGCGACGAGAUUAUAAACCUCGCGGCUCGGCGCUUCGCGAGGAAUGAUAAAGACAGUGAGAAUACCAAAAAGUUGACGAAACAUCAUCGCUUAAUUUUUGAGUCGUACCUCAAGGAGAAAAACAUCAGAAAUCCUUCAACUGCAGUGGAGUUAGCGGCAGUUUUACGAACGUUUUACGCCGAGGCGAGAAAGAAAGAUGGACAGAUGUACUCAAAGAACUCCCUCUGUUCCACCAGAUUUGCUUUGUGUAGACACUUCAAACAAGAACUAAAUAUAGACAUUAUAAAGGAUACGGAAUUUAACGAAGCCAACCGAAUUUAUGAAGCACAGUGCGUAGAGCUGAAGAAGCAAGGACUAGCGAGAACUGAACACAAAACUCCGAUUGCUGACGAAGACAUGAUGAAAUUGUAU